AUGCCACCAAAAUUCCCAAAUAAAUCUGUGCACUAUCUGCGGCUGAAUGGGAAUGCUGUGAUGCAGUGUAUCGUUUACUUGGACAAUAAGCACCUCGAAUGGUUCAGCCGCAGAAUCCUCGAGUGCGUCAUACGCGAUAUCCGGAAGCUGUACAUGCCCAAGCUGUUGGCAGAGUUGCAAAGUGGCAAGGCUGAGCUAGACACGUACAGGAACCAGGGCUAUCAAUUUGCCUACUACUUCAAACCCACGCGCGACAAGCAGGGCGUUGUGAGCAAGGCCCACCAAAUGACGUACAUUCCUUCGUCUAAGCGUACAGUGCGACAGAAGCCUGAGCCAAGGCGUAAUCAAUCUGGUGAGACUGCAGAAGAGCUAUUUGUCGAUGACGACGGUGACGACUAUGACGACGCUCAAUUCGAAGAGAAACCAAAACCCAAGGUCAACACAAGCUACAAAAUGAACAAACUCUUCUCAAAGACACUUUGCAUUAUCAUAGAACCAUUCCCUUCGCUGGAAGAGUCGCAUGUGGAGGGGACGAUGCAUCCACCCAUUAUGCCAUCGCCAUCGUCUCCUCCGCAGGGUGAUAUGCCAGGCGACACACAUAUACCAGACUCACUCGCAGAUCCAGAAGAUAUCAAACCAGACAUCAACACAAUCAGCAACAGCAGUCCUCAACUCCCCUCUUCUACUCAGGCACUUUUCAACGACUUCAACUUGAACAAUCCUGGCAGCUCCCUCUCCUUUUCGCAGAUGGUCCAGAAUGACCAUUUCGGCGAUAGGGUUGCUGAAAUUGAUGAGGAGAAUGAUGUAAUGUAUGAGUGA